AUGCCCCACAUCGAGAGUUACUACCGGAGGGAUGGGACAUACGUUAGAAGCCACUACCGCGCCCCUGCUGGCGGGGGCUAUGCGUCAAGCUCUGACGACUACGAUUCGGACUGCGACGAUCUGGGCGGAUUUGAGGACGGUCCCUGGAACCUCAUGUUUGCACCGAGAGGGCCUACCGGGUUCGGAGGCUGUUCCCCGGUGCCCCCCCCAGAGCCGCAGAUAGUGUAUGUAGAACGCCCGGUGUAUCUCCCUGCCCCUGCCCCGGUAGCACCCGCCCCGGUGCCCGUUCACACUGCACCGAGUGCCGCACAAUCUCGGGCGGAUGUGGCUGGUCUUGUCGACGCAUUGAGCGGGCUCAACACGCGAGACAGGCGACCGCCGGGUCUGGACUCAGGAAUCCUCAGCGCGGAUUUACUGCAGCGGCUCCGGACGUCCGGACACAUCAUCCUCUUCAGCGACAUCGGCUACAACCCAGAAGACGACCUCGUCGGGGAGGGCAGCUUCGGCGCCGUAUACAAAGCCACUUGGCAGACCGCCGCGGUCGCACUGAAGAAGCUGCGGUUCCAGAACAUCACCCGGCACCAGCUGCAGGACUUCACGAACGAGAUCAGGGUGCUCGCGGCCGCGCGCCACCCGCACGUCGUGCAAUUCCUGGGCGCGUGCGUCGAGCGGCCGAACCUCGCAGUCGUCACAGAGUUUCUGGGCGGCGGCAGCCUCUGGGACGCCCUGCACGUCCUCGACGUCUCAACCGAUUGGUCUCGGGAGAAGCGCCUCGACAUCCUCCGCCAAGCGUGCUCGGGGCUUCUCUACCUGCACCACCUCGGGGUGACGCACCGUGACGUCAAGAGCGCCAACCUCCUGCUGUCCGCUGACGUCACCACGUGCAAAGUCGCCGACUUCGGCCUAGGCCGCGUGCGGAGCGGCUCGGCGAUCUCUUCCACCCGGGGAGGCCCCCGGGUGAUCGGGACGCUGCUGUGGGCGGCGCCGGAAAUCCUGGAGGGCGGAACGGUCGACCGAAACGGGUACGAAGAAGGCGGACGUGUACAGCUUCGCGGUCGUUUGCUCCGAGGUGAGCGUCCGAACUUGCCCGCUGACUUGGCCCCGGACGUCCGGUCUGCCAUCGAGCGCGCAUGGGACAAAGACCCCGCCCGACGGCCAACAACCAUGGGCCAGCUGUAUUGCGUUCUGAACGGAGAGCCGAUACCGGACACCCCGGGGAACAGUGAACCGGGCACUCGUUCCGCUGUUCCGGCCACGCAAAGGCAGCGCCGGUGCAUCGUGUGUCUGGAGGGAUCCCCCUCCGCGAUGGUGAGACCGUGUCGGCAUACGGUCACGUGCCAGGACUGUGUGCUGAAGAUAAUGGAGCGGACGGGGGACGGAGAGGCGAAGUGCCCGGUAUGCCGUGCGGCUAUCAGUGACUACGUCAUCGGGAGCUAUAACGAGUCGCUUGUUCGCUAG